CCCGGAAGUGGAGGCGGUUGGUGGGGUUGGCGGGGCUCAGGGACGCGGUCCGGGUGGCGGUUUGCUGACUGCGGGUGAACGGAGCUUAGAGACCGGCGCUCCCCACUUUCUGACCUCGACGCGUUUCUGCUGGGCCGAACGGUGCGCGGCGGCAGCGAAACGUGCGCGGACGGGGCGCCUGUGGCUGGGCCCAUGGCCUCCUGCGCGAGCAUCGACAUCGAGGACGCCACGCAGCACCUGCGCGACAUCCUCAAGCUGGACCGUCCCGCCGGGGGCUCCAGUACAGAGAACCAGCGACCAUCUAACUCCUACAAUGGAGACCUCAAUGGACUCCUUGUCCCAGACCCCCUCUGCUCAGGUGAUGGUACAUCAACAAAUAAGCCUGGUCUCCGGUCUAUGCCACUUAUUAACCUGCAGGAGAAGCAGGUCAUCUGCCUCUCAGGAGAUGAUAGUUCUACCUGCAUCGGGAUUUUGGCCAAGGAGGUGGAAAUUGUGGCCAGCAGUGACUCCAGCAUUUCAAGCAAAGCACGGGGCAGCAACAAGGUGAAAAUCCAGCCUGUUGCCAAAUAUGAUUGGGAGCAGAAAUACUACUAUGGUAACCUGAUUGCUGUGUCCAACUCCUUCUUGGCCUACGCAAUUCGUGCUGCUAACAAUGGCUCAGCAAUGGUGCGUGUGAUCAGUGUCAGCACUUCGGAGCGAACUCUCCUCAAGGGCUUCACAGGCAGUGUGGCUGAUCUGGCCUUUGCACACCUCAACUCGCCACAGCUGGCCUGCCUAGAUGAGGCGGGAAACCUGUUUGUAUGGCGCUUGGCUCUGGUUAAUGGCAAAAUUCAAGAAGAGAUCUUGGUCCAUAUCCGGCAGCCAGAGGGGACCCCACUGAACCAUUUUCGCAGGAUCAUCUGGUGCCCCUUCAUCCCUGAGGAGAGUGAGGACUGCUGUGAGGAAAGCAGCCCAACAGUGGCCCUCUUGCAUGAAGACCGGGCUGAGGUUUGGGACUUGGACUUGCUUCGUUCCAGCUACAGCACCUGGCCUGUGGAUGCCAGCCAAAUCAAACAGGGCUUCAUUAUGGUAAAAGGCCAUAGCACAUGUCUAAGUGAAGGGGCCCUCUCCCCUGAUGGGACUGUCCUGGCUACUGCAAGUCAUGAUGGCUUUGUCAAGUUUUGGCAGAUCUACAUUGAGGGCCAGGAUGAGCCAAGGUGUCUGCAUGAGUGGAAGCCUCAUGAUGGACGACCCCUCUCCUGCCUCCUAUUCUGUGACAACCACAAGAAACAGGACCCUGAUUCCUUGCUUCUUUGUAGGGUUCCUUUUUGGAGGUUCCUUAUUACUGGUGCUGACCAGAAUCGUGAGCUGAAAAUGUGGUGCACGGUGUCUUGGACCUGCCUGCAAACCAUUCGCUUCUCUCCAGAUAUCUUCAGCUCCGUGAAUGUGCCCCCCAGCCUCAAGGUUUGCCUGGAUCUCUCAGCUGAAUACCUGAUUCUCAGUGAUGUGCAACGGAAGGUCCUCUAUGUGAUGGAACUGCUGCAGAACCAGGAAGAGGGCCGUGCUUGCUUCAGUUCCAUCUCUGAGUUCUUACUCACCCACCCUGUGCUGAGCUUUGGCAUUCAGGUUGUGAGUCGCUGCCGGCUGAGGCACACCGAGGUGUUGCCUGCUGAGGAGGAGAAUGACAGCCUAGGAGCUGAUGGGACCCAUGGAACCAGUGCCAUGGAGUCUGCAGCUGGUGUUCUCAUCAAGCUCUUCUGUGUGCAUACUAAGGCACUGCAGGAUGUGCAGAUCCGCUUCCAGCCACAGCUGAACCCUGAUGUGGUGGCCCCACUCCCCACUCACAAUGCCCAUGAGGACUUUGUUCUUCCCACAGCAUUUGGAGAGUCUCGGUCUGAAAUGGGCUCUGAAGGUCUGGGAUCUGGCACUCAUGACUCUCAGCCUGACCUCCGACGUAUUGUGGAGCUGCCUGCUCCUGCUGACUUCCUCAGUCUAAGCAGUGAGACCAAGCCUAAGCUGAUGACUCCUGAUGCUUUCAUGACACCAAGCACCUCUCUGCAGCAGAUUGCCGCAUCCCCCAGCAGUAGCAGCAGUAAUAACAGCAGCAGUAGCUCCUCUCUUACGGCUGUGUCUGCUAUGAGCAGCACCUCAGCUGCAGAUCCCUCCUUGCCCAGGCCACCUGAGGAGCUGACGUUGAGCCCUAAACUGCAGCUGGAUGGCAGUCUGACAGUGAAUAGCAACAGCCUACAGGCAAGCCCACGUGGCCUGCUACCCGGCCUGCUCCCAAGCCCAGCCGACAAAUUGACUCCUAAGGGGCCUGGACAGGUACCUUCUACUGCCUCUACACUGUCCCUGGAGCUGCAAGAAGUGGAGCCCCUGGGGCUUCCCCAGGCUUCCCCCAGCCGCACCCGCUCCCCUGAUGUUAUCUCCUCAGCUUCCACUGCCCUGUCCCAGGAUAUCCCUGAGAUUGCAUCGGAGGCCCUAUCUCGAGGCUUUGGUUCCUCUGCUCCUGAGGGCCUUGAACCAGACAGUAUGGCCUCAGCUGCCUCGGCACUACACCUGCUAUCUCCUCGACCCCGGCCAGGGCCUGAGCUUGGUCCCCAGCUUGGCCUGGAUGGAAGCUCUGGGGAUGGGGACCGACAUAAAACCCCCUCCCUUUUGGAGGCAGCCUUGACCCAGGAAGCCACAACCUCUGACAGUCAAGUUUGGCCUACGGCUCCAGACAUUACUCGUGAGACCUGCAGCAGUCUGGCAGAGAGCCCUAGGAAUGGCCUCCAGGAAAAGCACAAGAGCUUGGCUUUCCACCGACCACCUUAUCACUUGCUACAGCAACAUGACAGUCAGGACGCUAGUGCCGAGCAAAGUGACCAUGAUGAAGAGGUGGCCAGUCUUGCUUCUGUCACAGGGGGCUUUGGCACCAAAGUUUCCACUCCAAGGAUGCCUACUAAGGACUGGAAGACCAAGGGAUCCCCUCGUGCAUCACCCAAGCUCAAAAGGAAGGGCAAGAAGGAUGAUGGGGAUUCAGCUGUGGCGGCCCGGCUCACAGAGCACCAGGUGGCAGAGCCCCCAGAAGACUGGCCAGCACUAAUUUGGCAACAGCAAAGGGAGCUGGCAGAGCUACGACACAACCAAGAAGAACUGCUUCAGCGUUUGUGUACCCAGCUUGAAGGCCUUCAGAGCACUGUCACAGGCCACGUAGAACGUGCUUUAGAGUCACGGCAUGAGCAGGAGCAGCGGCGGUUGGAGCGGGCAUUAGCUGAGGGGCAGCAGCGAGGUGGGCAGCUGCAGGAGCAACUGACACAGCAGCUGUCCCAAGCAUUGUCUUCAGCUGUGGCUGGGCGACUGGAGCGCAGCAUACGGGAUGAGAUCAAGAAAACAGUGCCUCCGUGUGUCUCUCGGAGUCUGGAACCCGUGGCAAGCCAACUGAGUAGCUCAGUGACUACCAAACUCACAGCUGUGGAGGGUAGUGUGAAAGAAAAUAUCUCCAAAUUGCUCAAAUCCAAGAACUUGACAGAUGCCAUCGCUCGAGCAGCUGCAGACACGUUACAGGGGCCAAUGCAGGCCGCCUACCGUGAAGCUUUCCAGAGUGUGGUGCUGCCUGCCUUUGAAAAGAGCUGCCAGGCUAUGUUCCAACAGAUCAAUGACAGCUUCCAACUGGGCACACAGGAAUACUUGCAGCAGCUAGAGAGCCAUAUGAAGAGCCGGAAGGCACGGGAACAGGAGGCACGUGAGCCUGUGUUAGCCCAGCUGCGGGGCCUGGUCAGCACACUGCAGGGGGCCACUGAGCAGAUGGCAGCCACUGUAUCCAGCAGCGUUCGGGCAGAAGUGCAGCAUCAGUUGCAUGUGGCUGUGGGCAGCUUGCAGGAGUCGAUUUUAGCACAGGUACAGCGCAUUGUUAAGGGAGAGGUGAGUGUCGCACUCAAGGAGCAGCAGGCUGCUGUCACCUCUAGCAUCAUGCAGGCCAUGCGCUCAGCUGCUGGCACGCCUGUUCCUACUGCUCACCUCGACUGCCAGGCCCAGCAAGCCCAUAUUCUGCAGCUGUUGCAGCAGGGCCACCUCAAUCAGGCCUUCCAGCAGGCUCUGACAGCUGCUGAUCUGAACCUGGUGCUUUACGUGUGUGAAACUGUGGACCCAGGCCAGGUUUUUGGACAGCCACCAUGCCCACUCUCCCAGCCAGUGCUCCUUUCCCUCAUUCAGCAGUUGGCUUCUGAUCUUGGCACUAGAACUGACCUGAAGCUUAGCUACCUGGAGGAGGCUGUGAUGCAUCUGGACCAUAGUGACCCCAUCACUCGGGAUCAUAUGGGCUCCGUCAUGGCUCAGGUGCGCCAGAAGCUCUUCCAGUUCCUGCAAGCCGAACCACACAACUCACUUGGCAAAACAGCCCGGCGUCUCAGCCUCAUGCUGCAUGGCCUUGUGACCCCCAGUCUCCCUUAAUUAAGCCUGCUUUGUCUAGAGAUAGGGUGGCACUAAAGGCCAGCAGACAAUCCUAGCCCAAGUCAGGGUUAUUGUCUGCCCUUUACCUGCUCAUGCUCCCAUCUCUGGGGUAUUUGACGAUGGGGAGCAGAGGUUGUGAUAACCAGCAGGUAUAGGUUGGGCCCAGGGUGGGUAUUGGGCCUUCUUGGGUUCAACCAUGCCUGGAGCACAAACCCUAAGAUUGUGACACCACUUGAGUUGAAUUUUCCACUUUCCUUUUUACCUCUUUAUUUGGAUCUUUUUGUUUUUGAAAACCUUGAGAAAAUCAAUUAAAUGCUUUUUGGAAUAAAAUGACAUAUAUGUGC